GAUUCCCGGUGUCGAUGACGGGCGCCGAUCGGUUGAUCGCCGAAGCGCCCUUGUGACACUUGCUGAACUGGUUUCAUUUGUUUUUUGCCUUCUCGCGGGGAACUGAUAGUUAUUGCCGCGCCGAUCUGUGGGGGUGAAGGGGGUAAAAGAUCGGUAAGUGCGCUUUGGAGCGAUACUUUCGGGGGAAGCUGUACAUUGUCAAGUGCAGAGGAGGAACGAUCGUUGCCUCGCGGAGUACUUGCGAGAGUGUGUUUCGUUGCAAAGCCCUGAGGCACGAAAAAUCGACUGUGUGCUCCUGGAGUGUGUCUUCGUUUGUGCUGGGAAGGAAAGGGAGAUAAUAGAACAGUAUAUCUGUAAUAACACAACGACUAAUGACCAACGUCAACAGGAUCAGGGUGGUCGUCCUCGGCGGCCCCCGAGUCGGCAAAUCAGCGGUGGUGGUGCGAUACUUGACGCGGCGCUACAUCGGCGAGUACAGCUCGACGAGCGAUUUCCUCUACCGGCACAGCGUAACCAUCGACAACGUUACCACCGAGGUCGAGAUACUGGACACUUCCAGGUGCGAGGAAAACGGCUGUUUGUACUCGCACAUAAGAUGGGGCGAGGCCUUCGUCAUAGUCUAUAGUGUGACGUGCAAGCGCAGCUUCCAGGAGGCUCGGGGUCUGCUCAAGCAGCUCACCGAUCUCAGGCUGCCGUCCUAUUUCACCGCACUGCUGCUCGGCAACAAGCGCGAUCUCGAUCACGCUCGCGAGGUGUGCGUGGACGAGGGCCAGCAGCUGUCCCUGGCGCACGGCUGUCAGUUCUACGAGGUGAGCGCAGCCGAGAGCCCAGCCGGAGCAGCCCUGGCUUUCCAAGCUCUGUUGCGGGAGGCCAGAUCGGUCCAACUGUUGCGCGCCCUGCCUAUUCGCCGCAAACUCGGCGUCCACUCGGUCUCGCGCGUUCUUGGCACCAUAUUCGGCAAGAACAACGGCAAUGGCAACAACAACAACAACAACGGCACCACUAACAACAAUAACAACGGGACCGGCAAGGAUCGGAAGAAGAGGCCCUCGCUCAGCAUAUGACGGCUCCUCUGCGCCCUCAUCCUCGGCGCCAAUUCGGCCGACGAGCCGGGCUGCAGGCAGGACGUCGUCGUACUCAGCAGCCGAGUUUACGCGAAUCGCUGACGAUGGGUCGGACGAUAGAAGCACGUGACUGAGAUUUUUGUUUGUUUUUGUUUAACUUUUUUUUUUUUUUUUUUGGGGCAAUCAUCAUGAUCAUCAAUCAUUGAACUUGCUGGCUUGUUUAAAACACGCCGAGCUCCAAGACGAGGAUAAAAGACUCGGGGCCCUCCGUGUUACUUGGGAGAGGCGCGAUGCUUCUUUAUCUCCUUCUCGUGAUGAGUUCUUGCUGAGCUUCGGGGGAGUCCUGUAAGGGGGCGCUGUUUCGUCCACGAUUUUGUACAGCAACCCUAACUUGGGGAUUUUUGUAACUUGUCGAUUUUUCACUGGACAGAGAAAAUCAUUUACCGAUUUACCAACUGGGCGGUGCUUAGCGAUCCGUCGUUUUGAUAAACUGAUUUCGAGAUGAUUGAAGUUGCCGUUGUGGGUUACUUGAAGUUGAUACUGCAAUAAGAGCAACUGCAAUCACUAGGGAAACCGUAAUGUUUUUCGUUAAAAAAAUAUGGUACGAUAUUUAAGAUUAAUGUUAUGCUUUCCGAAUGAUGGUAAACUCGGUGGAACAAGGGUCUUCGGUGUUUGGCACCCAAUUUCGGGAUCGUGGUGUAAUACAGGUAUAAUGUCGUUUGGGAGGAACAACGUAAAAACUUGGCUUUGUGUUGAAGAUUCUAAUAGUUUGGCUGUCUAAAGUAUAAGGUGUCAACUCGGUUUUUGUGAUGAAGAUUAAAAAAUUUAAUUUUUUUAGGAUGAAAAAUGCACACAUAAUUUUUGAAAUUAAACUGCAGUCU